AUGGCUGAUACAAACGGCGGACCGAAUACACCUUCCAUGGACUUCUCCAGUGCAGCAGCGACGCAAGUCCGACCUGGCGGUGCUCCGGCUCGGGUAUACCUGAAUGAGAAGAUUGUGCCGUACCUGCUGGAAGGGAUGAAGACCGUUACGAGGGAACAGCCGUCCAAUCCGCUCCAGGUCCUAGGGGAAUUCUUGAUUCAGAAGAGCAAGGAAGUCGAGGGUGAUGCGAAGAAAGAGUCGGAGUGA